AUGGAUUGGCGUCUGGCGGACGAGUCUAUCACAACGUUCACGAUCGAGGGCGAGGAUAAGCUCGACACUUCGCAUCUGGCGAAGCAGGACCUUGCCACUCUCGACGUCGCCAAGUUGACGCCCCUCUCUCCGGAGGUCAUCUCGCGUCAGGCCACCAUCAACAUCGGCACCAUCGGCCACGUCGCCCACGGCAAGUCGACCGUCGUCAAGGCCAUCUCUGGCGUCCAGACUGUGCGUUUCAAGAACGAGCUGGUGCGUAACAUCACCAUCAAGCUGGGCUAUGCCAACGCCAAGAUCUACAAAGCCGACGAGUGGCUCGGAGAGAAGCCCGGCGGCUACUGCUCGCACGGCAGCCACAAGGAGGACGUGUUCCAGAGCGACAACCCCAACUGCAAGGGCAUGAUGCGCCUUGUGAGGCACGUCUCCUUCGUCGACUGCCCCGGCCACGACAUCCUCAUGGCCACCAUGUUGAACGGUGCCGCCGUCAUGGACGCCGCUCUCCUCCUCAUCGCCGGCAAUGAGUCCUGCCCUCAGCCGCAGACCUCGGAGCACUUGGCUGCCAUCGAGAUCAUGAAGCUCAAGCACAUCAUCAUCCUCCAGAACAAGAUCGAUCUCGUCAAGGAGGCGGCCGCGCUUGACCAGUACCAGCAGAUCCUCGCCUUCGUCAAGGGCACGAUCGCCGAGAGCGCCCCCGUGGUGCCCAUCUCGGCCCAGCUGAAGCACAACAUCGACGUGGUGUGCGAGUUCAUCGUCAACCGCAUCCCCGUGCCGAUGAGGGACUUCACGUCGUCGCCCCGGCUGAUCGUGAUCCGUUCGUUCGAUGUAAAUAAGCCCGGUACCGAGGUGGACGACCUCAAGGGCGGCGUGGCGGGCGGCAGCAUCAUCCAGGGUGUACUCAAGAUCGGCGACGAGAUCGAGGUGCGGCCGGGUAUCGUGGCCAGGGACGCCGAGGGCAACGUCAAGUGCGUGCCCAUCUUCUCCAAGAUCGUCUCUCUCUUCGCCGAGCGAAACGACCUCCAGUUCGCCGUGCCCGGCGGUCUCAUCGGCGUCGGCACCAAGAUCGAUCCCACCCUCUGCCGCGGCGACAGGCUCGUCGGCCAGGUGCUGGGUGAGGUCGGCAAGCUGCCCGACAUCUUCACCGAGCUUGAGGUCAACUUCUUCCUCCUCCGCCGCCUGCUCGGCGUCAAGGCCGAAGGCGACGGCAAGCAGAGCCGCGUCACCAAGCUCAGCAAGGGCGAGACCCUCAUGGUCAACAUUGGCUCCACCUCCACCGGUGGCCGCGUCAUCGCCGUCAAGAAGGAUCUUGCCAAGAUCGUCCUCAUCUCUCCCGUGUGUACCAUGGAGGGCGAGAAGAUCGCGCUCAGCAGACGCGUCGAGAAGCACUGGCGGCUCAUCGGCUGGGGCCAGAUCCUCCGCGGCAUCAAGAUCGAGGUCUCCUCCUCUGGACCCGGCUCCUCCUCCGCCUAA